CUGUCCGCAGUCUGCCAACUCAGCCGAGUUUUUCCAUCGGUCAGAUCCACCUGGGGAUGUGUACAUAUUGUCCCACAUACGUGUCCUUACCACCGAGGAAUUGGUACAAUUAUUUAUAAAUUAAAAGAGGAAGAACAGUAGAAUUAAUUAGGGGAUAGUUGUUUCGUUGGAGAUCGUUCCAUCUCCUGGACUAGAGUGCGAUUAUCCGGAGCAAAAUGAACUCAUUGACGUGCGGUUUAGUGACGUGCCUGGUGAUGAUGGUCGUCGACGUCCAGGGUAUCAUGUUCUAUCUGGAGCCCAAUGGACGCAAGUGCCUGAGGGAAGAGCUGCAGGCACAGACUCUUCUCACUGGGGAGUACCAGGUGUCCGAUGUGCCUGGACAGAGGGUCGACUAUGCGGUCAAAGAUUCAAAGGGAAGUAUUCUCUCACAGAAGGAUGAUAUUCCUCAUGGCAGAAGCUGGAAAUUCUCCUUCAUCACUGAUACUCCCGAUACCUUCGAGAUCUGCUUCAUCUCGCACGUGCAACAGCAUCAACGAGGAAUGAAGCAAGAAAUUACCCUGAAGUUGAAGCACGGGGUGGAAGCCAAGAGCUACGAAGCUAUGAUUGGAGAGGCAGCAAAAUUGAAGCCCAUCGAGGUUGAACUGAAGCGUUUGGAGGAUUUGUCACAAGCUAUCGUCCAAGAUUUCGCAAGAAUGCGUCAGAAUGAAGAGCAAAUGAGAGACACAAACGAAACCACAAACGCCCGUGUCCUCUACUUCAGCAUAUUCUCAAUGUGUUGUUUACUGGGUCUAGCCACAUGGCAGGUAUUCUACCUGAGACGUUUCUUCAGAGCUAAAAAACUGAUCGAGUGAACGAGGGUACAGCUCUUCCAAGUGUACAUGUUGGUCUGUGUGUGCCUGUGGUAAACAAAAGAACAUUGAUAACGAUCACAAAGUGUAUAAUAAUUCAAAAAAUAUUUUUGCCAGAGUGAGAACCAUUCGGGGUGUCGAGUUUGUUCGUACGAACGUGUUAUUUUAAUUCCACUUGAAAUUUUUCAUGUCAUCCUUUUUUUUAAUGUGAAAUAAAAAACAAUGUCUCAUACAAUUACGAAGAAUUUAUGAUUUGUAACUGCAAUCAUUGUAUUAAAUUCAUGAAAGCACGGGGGUCAUAACAAUGCAGUUAAUAAAAAUUUGUUCAAUA